CUUUCAUCUUUAUUAAGAAAAAUUAAUUCAUUUUCAAAACAACUCUUUCACAGAAGUAAACUAAAUUCCACACACAGAGAGAGUUACAAUAAAAGGGUAGAUCUUAGGUCUGAGUUUGAUUGAAAAAAAUAAAAUAAAAUAAAGAAAGAAAAAAAGUCAAUUUUAAAUUUUAAUUCAAUACCAACCAAACGAAGCCUCAUAUACACCAAAGAUCACCGCCGAGUCACUCAAUCCCAUGUAAAGAAUACGUACAACAUGUCUAUGUAUUAACUAGUGAACAGUCAUCAGCUACCUAAUAACUAAUAAUACGCAAUUUCUUCUAAAACACCGUCUGGUUUGUUGCAAAAGACCAGCAAAUUUUAACACUUUGUUCUGUUUUUUGUUUUUUGUUUUUUUUUUCUUUUUUUUUCCCUCUAACGUUUCAAUAACUAUUGAAGAGAUUUGGUUGGUUUCUCUAAAACAAGCCACCAAAACCAAAACGGCGAAGGAAAUGAGGUUCGAAUCAAACCCAUUAUCAUCACUGCACAAGCAAAACCAUUUCUUAGUUAAGUUUGCAGUCUCUUUUCUCUUAAUGGGUCUUGCUUUUCGUAUCUUCUUUUCCGAUUCCAUCAGAUUAUCUUCGGUGUUAGAGACAACUCCUCUGGCGGAGCAAAAGCCAGAGCCUCCUCUGGCCGAGCCAAAAACAGAGGAUUCUUUGGCCGAGCAAAAGACAGUGUCCUCUCUGCCUUCAUCUCCUACUUUUGAUUUUCCAGGAAAUGAAAGCCAAACAUCACAAAAUGAUGCUAAAAAAUGUGACAUAUUCAAGGGUGAUUGGAUACCAGACCCAUCAGGUCCAAGAUACACAAACGAAAGCUGCCAUGUGAUGGAAGCUCAUCAAAAUUGUAUGAAGAAUGGACGGCCUGAUUCCGGCUACUUUUACUGGAGGUGGAGUCCACGAGACUGUGACUUGCCCAAGUUCAAUCCUCAAAGUUUUCUUGAUAUGAUGAGGAACAAAUCAAUGGCUUUCAUUGGGGAUUCAAUUUCCCGUAAUCACGUACAGUCACUCCUCUGCAUUCUCUCUCAGGUGGAACAAGCUGAUGAAGUAUACCAUGACAAAGAAUACAGAUCCAAAAGAUGGCACUUUCUUUCUCACAAUUUCACUCUUUCAGUAAUUUGGAGUCCAUUCCUUAUUAAGGCAGCUAUUUUCGAAGAUAUGAAUGGGGCUUCUUCGUCGGAGAUCCAACUUUAUCUUGACAAACUUGAUAAUUUGUGGACUGAUCAGUUUAACAAGUUCGACUAUGCUGUGAUUGCCGGAGGCAAAUGGUUCCUUAAAACUGCCAUUUACCAUGAAAAUGGCACCAUAACAGGCUGCCACUACUGCCCUGGAAAGAACAUAACCGAGUUGGGAUAUGAAUACGCCUACCGCAAAGCAGUAGAGCUAGUUCUCAACUUCAUUACUGGGUCUGAGCAUAAACCAAUGGUUUUAUUUAGAACUACAACGCCGGACCAUUUUGAGAACGGAGAAUGGUUCAGUGGAGGGUAUUGUAAUAGAACAGUGCCGUUUAGAGAAGGUGAGGUUAACAUGAAAGAUGUUGAUGGAGUUAUGCGAAAUAUUGAGUUGGAAGAAGUAGAGAAAGCUGCAGGCAUAGGAUCCGAAAAGGGGCUGAUGUUGAAGAUAUUGGAUACCACCCAACUUUCAUUGUUGAGGCCCGAUGGCCAUCCGGGUCCAUACAGGCAGUUCCAACCAUUUCCUAAGGACCAGAAUGCUAAAGUUCAGAAUGAUUGUCUACAUUGGUGUUUGCCUGGACCUAUAGACUCUUGGAAUGAUUUAGUGAUGGAAUUGUUGGUCAACGGUGAUAAAUAUCGAUGAUCCUAGUUCAUUUAUAUUGGGUCUAUACAGGGUUUUUUUUUAGAUUAAUGGCUUCAAUAAACCUUGGUCAUUCGACAAGAAGCGGAAAAGGUUAACUUGAAAUAUGAAAUAUAUAGUUUUUUGUACAAGUUUUUCCCCGUGAGAUGAUUUUGUUUCUGGAAGGGCAGGAACCCCUUUGACCUGUAAUUUAUAUACGUUGAGAUAAUGCUUACAAAAAGGUAUAUGAGAUUGCAUGUACCAUUUCAAAUA